AUGAACCAUAAUGAGAUAUCCAAACUCACUGAUAUGGGCUUCAGUGAAGAGCAAGCUGUCAAAGCUCUUGAUAUAACUAAUAAUGACGUGGAACUGGCAAUUGCUUAUUUAUUUGAAGAUCCAAUUGAAGUGAAUGAUCCUAAUGAUGAUCAAAGAAAGUCGCAAUAUGAAAGCACUAUUGAAAUACUGAAUCCUCUGGAGAUCCCUGAUUUGAGUAGCUAUGAUAAAGUGGGGUUGGACGAACAGAAUCACUUUGAGCAUCGAGAUCUUCCUGCCUUUGGAUCGGAAGGCAAUUACCAACAAGAUGUAGCUGACGAGGAUGAGGAUGACGACGAGACGUCGGUUUACAGUAUGUCUAAUAGGCUCUUGAGGGGUGAUUCAGAACCUCCGACAGUUCUUCCUAGUGAAAAUGGGCGCUAUGAGAAUUACUUAAUCCCUGCUCUUCAAAUAUUGUCACAGGUUGACAAGUUUGUACUGAUGUGGGUACCGAAUGCCAAGUUUGACUUCGGAAAUGAUAAAACGUGGUAUAAUCCUAAUUAUAUAACUGAGGUUAAUGUUCCAGACACGAUUGAGCUGUCAAAAGUCAGCUCCUAUAAAUUUGUGGUUGAAUUAGAAAGACUAUUGGGAUAUUUACAUGGUCUUAGUAGUAGGUCAUUUAUAAGUUCGAAGAGAUUGCUACUGAAUAUUCCACAUGCUGGUGGAGUGAUUCAUAGUAGGGCUGAAGAGUUUGAAGACUUGUUUGAUAAACUCUAUGCUACAUUAAACAAGAGCCACGAGGCAAUAUUUGGAUCUGAGAAACGAAUUACCAACUUGUUUAAUUCUGUAGUUCAAAGCGUUCAGGAUGAAGUUAAAAACUCGAUGACGGUACUUACUAUAGAUCACGAGGCUAGAACGAGGACAAUUUAUGAAUCGCUCAACGCUAUGUUUUGGACUGAUGAAGAUACUCUAGGAGACAUUAACUUCGUUGAAAUAGCUCCUAUUUUGACCAUUCCCCUUUUUGGAGACUCAGGUUACGGUGUAGGACCGGGCCCAUUCACCCUUCAUGAGUACUUCUACCCGCAAAUAUAUAGUUCAAAAUAUUCGAAUCUUGUGGUGGAUAUGAAUAAAAAAAGAAGAGAUAUUGUUAGUCAGAGAAAUGAAAUAUCUAAAGAGAUGAUGGCAUUGAACUCAUUCGAAGGUAAAAGAGUACCAGGAUUCUUACAAGCUUCAAUUUCUUUUCUAAAAGGGAAAGAUUCUUCUGCGGAAGAAGAUUUACUGGGACUUCAAGAACAGCUUCUUCAAGAAAAAUCAGAUCUCUCCGAAAAACUCGGAAGACUAAAUGAGCAGUAUUUGAAAUUAGAUAUAACCCAAUACGAGAAUAUCCUAGAUAUGAUUUCUUCCCAGCAGGAUCAACCAGAACCUUACCUUUUGAUAGGAGUAAUCUUGUCAGAUACUGAAUACUUCUAUAAGGACAAGAGCCGUAGUACUCAAGAUGAGGAUUGGAUUCAUUUUAACGCAAUCCUAUCUAAGAACAAUGAAAUCAACGAUUACUUGUUAGAGACGAUGGCCUUUGAAGGGGUGCAGCAGUCUGUCUAUGAUUUUUCUAGGGACGCAAGUAAAUCUAUGAUUUUAAUAUAUGCGUCAUCUGAGAUUUUCAAUGAGAACAUCGACAUAGUGGUCCCCGAAGAGCUACAAAAGUUUUUUGAUGACGACAAUAAAAUUCUUGCUCUGCUGCUAUCACAAUCAGAACGUAGUAAUGAUGACUCAAAAGAGGAACUGAUUGAUAAUAGUGAUCAGCACUCCAACAAUUCUAGCAAACGACCUCCGAAUAGUAGUGAGCUCCCAGAGGAAAGUGCUCUGUUAAUAGAUCUAUAG